AGAAGGGCGACGUGCUGGUGGUGGAGCUGUGCCAGAGCCACGUCCGGACCCUGUGGGUGACCCUCUUGGGCGAUGGGAACCAGAGCCCCCAAGUGAUGUACAAGAUCUUUGACAUGCCAGGGGACAUCGCGCAGGGCAAGGGGGAAGCGCUCUUUGACUUUAUUGCACAAUGUGUGCGCCAGUUCCUGGCUGGCAUCAACAGCCCCCAGAAUCGCCUCCCCUUGGGCUUUGUCUUCCCCUUCAGCUGCAGGCAGACGCGGGUGGACAAGGCAGAACUCAUCUCCUGGUCCAAGGGCUUCAGUUGCAGUGAUGUGGAGGGGAAGGAUGUCGUGCAGUUGCUGCAGUCGGCCAUCAACAAGCAGGAGCUCUACCACGUAGAUGUUGUUGCUCUGAUGAAUGACACUGUGGGCUCCAUGAUGGCCUGCAGCAUGGAGGGGGAACCCUGUGAGGUCGCCUUGGUCAUGGGUGAGCAGUGGGCACCCUGGGGGCCAGGGCGCUGCUUCAUGGCUGAGGCACAGCAGGUGGAGAUGGUGGAGGAGACCAGCGGGCAGAUGUGUGUCAACACCGAGUGGGGCUGCUUCGGGGACGAUGGCACCCUGAGCGAUGUCCUGACCCCCUACGACCAGCACGUGGACCAGGAAUCCUCCAAUCCCGGAGAGAAGAGGUGCUCCCACCCUCUAGGUGCCGUCGGGCUGGCGGCCAUCCUCAGCCACAUGUGCCAGAGCCGGGAGCUGGAGCAGCUGGUGGUCAAUGUGGGGGUGGGUGGCGAAUUGUACCGGGGCUAUCGCAGCGAGGUGGACCGGCUGCUGGCCCCGCUGCGGCUCAGCCAUGCUGACCUGGAGCGCAUCCAGGCACUGAUGAGGAGGGAGAUGGAGCUGGGGCUGGGCAGGGAGAGCAAUGCCAAGCCCUCUGUCCGCAUGCUGCCCACCUAUGUCCGUGGCAUGCCUGAUGGCACCGAGCGAGGCGAAUUCCUGGCGUUGGACCUGGGGGACACCAAUUUCCGGGUGCUGGUGGUGCGCGUGGCACAGGACGGCAUCCGCAUGGCCAGUGAGAUCUACGUCAUCCCAACCGCUGUCAUGCAGGGCACCGGCGAGGCGGGCUUCGACCACAUCAUCGAGUGCAUCAUGGACUUCCAGCUGAAGCAGGACUUGAUGGAUCAGGUCCUGCCACUCAGCUUCACCUUCUCCUUCCCCUGUCAGCAGCUGGGCCUGGAUAAGGUGAGGGGGUGGCUCUGGUCCCAGGGGGAUGGGGAGGAGGGCCCUGGGGUGUGAGGCCGCUGCCCAGACCCUGCUCCUGUCUCCCGUCACUUAAGGCUGAAGGUGGUGGCCGUGGUCAAUGACACAGUGGGAACCAUGAUGUCCUGUGGCUAUGAUGACCCCAAAUGUGAAAUCAGCCUCAUUGUGGGGACAGGGACCAACGCCUGCUACAUGGAGGAGAUGCAGAACGUGGGCACCGUGGAGGGGGACCAGGGCCGCAUGUGCAUCAACAUGGAGUGGGGUGCCUUUGGGGACAACGGCUGUCUGGAUGACAUCUUCACCCACUUUGACCGGCUGGUGGAUGAGAAAACCAUCAAUGCGGGCAAGCAGAGGUUUGAGAAGCUCAUCAGCGGCACGUACCUGGGCGAGAUCGUGCGCCACAUCCUGCUGGUGCUGGUGGAGAAACAGCUCCUGUUCCGUGGCAAGCCCUGCCCCAAGCUCCAGACCAGGGACAUCUUCCAGACCAAGUUCCUCUCCACCAUCGAGNUGAAUGGGCUGCCCGUGCAGCAGGUACAGGCCAUCCUGCAGGACCUGGAGCUCCAGGCCAGCUUCGAGGACAGCGCGCUGGUGCGGGAGGUGUGCCAGACCGUGUCCCUGCGGGCAGCCCAACUCUGCGCUGCUGGCCUGGCCGCUGUGGUGGAGAAGAUACGGGAGAACCGGGACCUGGCCCGGCUGGCCGUCACCGUGGGGGUAGAUGGCACCUUGUACAAGAUGCACCCACG